CUGAUUCCUAGGUACCACACCAUAGAAGGAAGACUAGUACUGCGCGGCGCUUCUCACUGAUAACAAACUGAUAAGACCCUACACUCGCCACACUAGCCUUAAGCCAACAGAUGACAAUCUCAGUCCUCGUCGUCUGCCUCGGCAACAUCUGCCGCUCUCCCAUGGGAGAAGCCGUGCUCCGCAACGAAGCCCUCAAGCGCGGCAUCACCGAUAUCCACGUCGACAGCGCUGGCACAGCUGCAGCACAUAUCGGGGAAGAUCCUGACGAACGGACUAUCGAAGUAUGCGGCACGAAAGACGUCCCUAUAUCCCACUCUGCGCGGCAAGUCCGCGCUUCAGAUUUCACAUCAUUCGACUACAUACUCGCGGCUGACGGUUCUAACUUGCGCGCGCUGGAGCGACAUGUCGGUCACAGAGAAGGAUCGAAAGCGACGGUGAAGCUUUGGGGCUCUUACCUGCCAGACAACAAGCCGAUUCAGGACCCGUAUUAUGGGGGGCUGGAUGGGUUCAAGGAGGUCUACGAGCAGUGCGUGAAGCUUUCAAAUGCGUUUUUGGAUGAGGUCGCUGGGAAGGAGAGUUAGGGACGCGAUUAACGAUUAAAGGGACGAGACGUCAGAUAAAGCUUGCUGUCAGAGGGCAGGCCUGCAGGGACAAGACGGAAAAUACCCACAUAAUACCUGUGCUUUGGUACGCUCAAGUUGGAAUAUAUCAGAUUAUGUGGCGCUUCAUAGAUCAUCUUCCAUGGCGCCCGAUGCCGACCUCAUCGGUUUCUGUCAAACAAUAUUUU